AUGCCGCGCUUGACCCGCGCGCAGCGCGCCGCACAGGCUGAAGGUAGCGACACCAUCCAUAUCGACCACACAGCAACAGAACCAAUUGAAUCAGUAGACUCUAUAUCUGACGAUCUCGAGCGCGCUCCCUUGAAGGAAUUGGCAAUCAACUUUGAAGAGGUUGCCGAGGAGAUGCCCCCGAAGAAGAAAGCUGCCAAGGGCAAAGGCAAAGGACGCGGCAAGAAGACAAAGAAAGAGGAAGUUGUUGAGGAAGAGCAGAUUGAAGAGGAACCUGAACCUGAAGAUAGCGCUGAAAUGCCAGGUGAUCCUGAACAAGCUGUAGCUGGUACUGCUAGUGAAGGGUUUGAGGAAGAAUUGCGAACAGAGCCGGAGCUACAAGUCACAGCUCAGAUGAGCGUUGAAGAAACACCAGCGCCACCUUCAGUGCGUGCUACGCGCAAGACCAGACGCCAACUAGCUAUGGAGGCCGAAGUCGAGAAACAAGAACCACAGCCCGAGCCCACGAAGAACGAAAUGAACCAGUCUGAUGCAUCGGAGGAACAUACUCCCGAGGUUCCUGCUAUAGUACCUGUCAUUGAGGUUCCUACGACAGAAACUCCUAUUGCCAACUCCCCUGAAUAUCCAGUCCAGGAAGACUCGCCAGAGGAAGAAUUGUCACCAAGCCAUCAAAUCAAGAUGUCCUUGACACCGAUUAAGGUUCCUUCAUCGGAUGUUUCUAGCCGCAGCGGCUCUCUAUCACCAUCGCGUAAAUCGCCCGGUACCAUAGAGGCUCUUGACGCUCUCGAGGACGCGAUGGAGGACAUCACUAAAGCACUCACGCCUAAUAAGACUCGAUCCGCACCCAAAGUAAAGGUUAAUGGUCAUACCCCGACUACGAGUGACUCGUCCAUCGAGGCUCCAAUUCCAGCCCCAAAGGUGUCACGAACACCCCGCGCUGCUAGAUCGCUUAAGGAGAAUGUGCCACCAAAGUCAGCAGCAAAGAAGACUGUUCCAGCAAUAGUUUCCAAGCCUGUAGUACCCCGUCCACAGAAGAACAUCACAAGUAAACCUCCAGCCUCCAGCAAUCCGAAACCGAAGGGAACAGGAGAAGUCGUAGAUUACCUUGCAUCAAAACGUCGGCCCGUAAGCGUGUCAUUCCCAACACCUCCUCCUCUAGCCAAAUCCACCAGAGCCCCCACCAAAGCAUCUUUCACAUUACCUGGUGAAGCUGUUGCAGCGAAAUUAAAAGCUGCCCGAGAAGCACGUCUUCAGAAGGACGCUGCCGAAGGAGAGAAGGCCGCCCAGAAGAAGCCUGUCGUCAAAGCACGACCCAUCCCUAAAGCUGCUGGCCAGGCCCCUGUAGUCAAGCAAACAGCAGCCAGUAGAGCACGAGAAGCCGCUAUCAAUGGAACCGUACCUAAUGUCCAAGCUCCAAAGCGCAACUCUUCUAUGGACAUCACGGCAGCUUCUAAAAGGAUAUCUCUAGCUACGUCGAGGACUCGGCCGGCGUCAGUACAUAUCGGCUCAUUGACCAAGAAGGACACGCCUGGCAUCACAAUCCCGCCACCAGCACCCUCAAGCAAUACAAUGCCUAAAGCCCGCGUGCCAUCCACACACGCUCCAUCCGUAAUUUGCAAACCUGCUCGCGUCCCAAGCAACUCUAAGCCUUCGGCCGUUGGCCCAGUCACCGGUGCACCGGUAUCUGCCGCCGAAGCCGCGGCCCAGCGCGUCAAGGGCAGAGAAGUGUUCAACAGAGAUCGACAGGAAAAGGAGGAGCGCGAACGCGAGAAGAGAGAAAAGGAGGAGGCCGCGAAGAAGGCUAGAGCAGAGGCGGCCGAGCGCGGCCGAAUCGCGAGUAGGGAGUGGGCCGAGAAGCAGAAAAAGAGAGCUGAGAGCGCCGUGGCGGGUCAGGCUGCGGCUGUGUGA